AUGGCUCCCCCGCAGCCUCCCACUGGCCCCGGCGACCUCGAAUUCGGGGGGCCCCUGGGGACCGCGGCCAUGCUGCUCCUCCUCCCCGCCACCCUCUUCCACCUGCUCCUCACCUGCCACUCGGGCGCCUGCAGCCUGGUCAGCCUGCCCCCCGAGCUGCCCCCGGCCGCGGCCUUCUGGAGCCCCGGGGCCCUGCUGUUGCUGCUGCUCUGGCUGGGCCUGCAGGCCGCGCUCUACCUGCUGCCCAUGGGCAAGGUGUCUCAGGGCAUGAUGCUGAGGGACAAGAGCCACCUGCAGUAUCCGAUUAACGGGUUCCGGUGCCUGGGACUGACCGCGCUGCUGGUAGGGCUGGGGCUGGCAGGGGGGCUGCCCCUCGGGAGCCUCUCAGAGCUGCUCCUACCCCUGGCUUCUGCAGCCACUGCUAUAGCGUUCAUCCUCAGCCUCCUUCUUUACCUCAAAUCUUUCACAGUGCCCCCUUCCGCUCUUGCCCCCGGGGGAAAUUCAGGUAACGUCAUCUAUGAUUUCUUCCUCGGCCGAGAACUGAACCCGCGAUUCGGAUUCUUUGACCUCAAGUAUUUUUGUGAGCUUCGUCCAGGGAUGAUUGGUUGGGCUCUGAUCAACUUGGCUAUGCUUUUGCGGGAGGCAGAACGCCGGGGGGGUUGGCCUUCCUUGUCCAUGGGGCUGGUCAAUGCCUUCCAACUUCUCUAUGUGGUGGACGCUCUCUGGAAUGAGGAGGCAGUUCUUACCACCAUGGACAUCAUCCAUGAUGGCUUUGGCUUCAUGCUGGCUUUUGGGGACCUGGCCUGGGUCCCCUUCGUCUACAGUCUUCAAGCCCAGUACCUCCUGAAUCAUCCCCAGUCAUUGGAACUGCCUGUGGCUGGGGCCAUUUGUCUGCUCUUUGCAAUCGGCUAUUUUAUUUUUCGUGGGGCCAACACACAAAAAAAUACCUUCCGGAGGGACCCUUCAGACCCCAGUGUGGCUGGCCUUGAGACCAUCCCCACGGCUACUGGACGGCGCCUGCUGGUAUCAGGGUGGUGGGGUAUGGUCCGUCAUCCUAACUACCUUGGGGACCUCAUCAUGGCUCUGGCCUGGUCUUUGCCCUGUGGGGUGACACACCUGCUUCCCUACUUCUAUGUUGUCUACUUCACCAUCUUGCUGGUGCACCGGGAGGACCGGGAUGAGCGCCAGUGUCUGCAGAAGUACGGCCUGGCCUGGAGGGAAUACUGUGCCAGAGUGCCCUACCGCAUCGUACCCUAUGUGUACUGAGUCUGCCCGCCCACAUGAAGGAGAGGGGAGGGGGAGGGAAGCCCUGCCCCCUGCUGCCCCUCCUCUGAGUUCCCCUUCCUAGACUGUGGGGCCAGUUUGAAAAAUGGUGGGUAUCAGCCAUCUGGAAGAAAUGCCCAUCGGCAGCUGGCCCCCUCCCUCCCCGGGGGCGCUAAGCCCAGGAGCAGAGGACGCGCCCCCUGGGGCAGAUUCCCAAAGGCCCGAAGGCUGAGGUUCCUCCCAGGGGACCGAAGGCAGGCUGGGGGGAGGGGCGUGUGAACUCUCAGAAUAGAGAUCUGCUCCAGGGCGGGACCUGAA